AUAUUAGCUUAUACUAGGCUAUCUAGAGAUACUGGUAACGAAGCGAACGUCAGCUAGUUGAUAGACAUGGCCAAGAGAUUUUCACGCCCAAGUCAUAACAAAAUGCUGAAAUUUGGUGAAGCUUUUGAGAUUUUACCAGACUUUCUUAUAAAUCUCAACAACAGAAACAAAGAGAAACUAAACAAUUUAUCACAAUACAGCGGUGACUUUAAAGACAAGAGGUUGAUAGAAUGUGUGUUUCUUAUUACUGACGAGUUGAAUCUAGAUCCUCUGGUUGGAUAUCAUGCUGUAGAAUUACUUGAAAGGUUCAUGAUAAAGCAUCUUGAGGAUCUGUUUACAACACCCACACCUCAAGGUGCUGCGUUAUGUGAUCAUGGACACUAUGAGGAUCUUGUCUAUGAAAAACUCCACGAGAAAUUCUAUCUCAUUGUCCUCUCAUGUGUUCAACUAGCAAGCAAACUGUCUUUGCACAGUGGUAUUGUGGACAACAAUACUGCUGUGCAGUUUUUGCACUCUAUGGGGCACAGUGUUUCCAAACGGACUCUCUUGGAAUCAGAGUUGAUGAUCUUGAAAGUCCUUGACUAUAGGCUGAAUGUCCCAAACCCUCUUACAUAUGUGGAGAUUCUUCUGGAGGUUCUUGGUGAGUUGAGCACUUCUCAUCAGCCUGCGACCAAGCGAUGUGUGGUGAUUCAUGCUUGUGACUUUAUAAUGCAAAAAAAUAUGCUUUCCUGCUCGGUGACAGUGCACAAUGAGUCCUCCAUUCCUGUGGAACACUUGCAUCACCUGUGUCGCCACGUCCUGCAGUUCACCUACUUACAGAAGACUGCCAUCUACGAUUCCUUACUCAUGGCCACAACUCGCCGGUCGAGUCCUUCAAAUGAACAGAGAGAGGUGUUUGCGCCAGUGACAGAAGACUGCAUGCUGCUUGGUGUCGGUGUCAUUGGUGUUGCUGCAUACAUCCACAAUGUCCCGAUGUGGAAACAGGUGGUGGAAGAACUGAGUCAGAUCACAGGGAUCUCUGUGAAGAGCAUCCAGGAUUUCACUCAUGUGACACUGAUGCACAUUACCAGGACCAAUUUUACUGUAGAAUGAACUUGAACUGUCAAAAUCUAUUUCAAAUAUUUGUUUUAUUUGUAAUUUGCAAAUCAGUAUUAAUAUUCAAUAAAUAUAGGUUUUCAGCAACAUUUGAAUUAUAAGGUGUAGAAUCAAUUAUAGCAUGAAGUUAUUUGGGGAAUACGUCCCCGUUAAAUAUCUGAUGGAGCAGCACCCCAACUUGAGACUGGGCUCCCUUAACAUUUUCUCUAAUUUCAUAAAAUGGAUAAAUAUUGAAGACCACUGUUACCAUGCAGUUAGUCUUCAACUCGUCAUGUAAAAAUACUCAUAGAAAUUAAUGUUUUGUUGUCAUACAAUUAAAUAUACAAACAACCUUGUUAAAAUGUGUGAAAAUGCAUUCAAGUAUAAUAAAUAACAU